UUACUUCCGACCGUCAUUUGCGAUCAGUCUCUUGAAAUGUCAUGUCAGUCAGCCAUGUUUAUUUCCAUGGAAUGUGUUUGGAAAUGGUGGUAGUGAUAAAAAAUAAUUUAUUUGUGGAAUUAUAGUUAUAAUUUUUAUGGUAACGACUGUAGUGUGUUAGUGAAGCUUCAAUGUGUUUUGUUGUGUAAGUGAGGUGAUUGUACUACCAGUAAAAUGAAUUGGGGUAUUGAGCUUUGGGAUCAAUAUGAUAACUUAGCUGCCCACACACAAAAAGGAAUUGAAUUUUUAGACAAAUAUGGAAACUUUGUCAAGGAGAGGUGCGCUAUAGAAUUAGAAUAUGCAGGAAAACUCAGGAGGCUUGUCAAAAACUAUCAACCAAAAAGAAAAGAAGAAGAUGAAUAUCAGUACACACCGUGCAAAGGUUUCAAACAGUUGCUUCAAGAGUUAGGCGACUUUGCCGGACAGAGGGAAGUUGUGGCCGAGAACCUACAGUCAAAUGUCGUGCGAGAGUUGCAUCUACUCGCCAAGGAGUUGCGAGAAGAGAGGAAGCAACAUUUAAACGAAGGAGCGAAACAGAUGGGCGUGUUGAACACGUCGAUAGCGGCGCUGGACCGCGCGCGGAGAGCGUACGAGCGCGCCGCCCGCGAGUCCGAGCGGGCGAUCGAAACCUUCCAGAAGGCAGACGCCGACUUACACCUCAGCCGUGCAGAACUUGAAAAACAGAAAGCGAACAUGAAACAGCGGAGUCAAGCGUGCGAGGAGGCAAAACAAGAAUAUAUGGAACAACUGCGCAAAACGAACGAGGCGCAGCGGCAGCACUACGAGCAGCGACUACCGCACGUCUUCAAACAGUUACAGGAUUUAGAUGAGAAGCGAAUAAAGAAUAUUAAAAAUUUUAUGUUGAGUUCUGUGGACGUCGAGAGGAAAGUGUUUCCUAUAAUUAUGCAGUGCCUUGAUGGAAUGGAGCAAGCGGCAAAUAGUAUUAACGAAAAAGAGGACACAAAGCUGGUGAUAGACAGGUACAAGUCGGGGUUCGUGCCGCCCGAGGACUUCCAGUUCGAGCCGGCGACGGGCGGCGACGCGCCCGACGCGCCCGCGCACGCGCACCACGCGCACCACAACCACCUCACCGCCGCGCGCGGCACCGUCUCCGGCAACAAACUCAAGAAGCGCGGCGGGCUGCUCUCCAUAUUCACCUCCAACAAGAAUAACAUGUCGAUGGAUGGAAAGGAGGAUUAUUCAGACUUGCCACCGAACCAAAAGAAGAAGAAACUACAAGCAAAAGUCCUCGAAUUAAGUAAACAGGUGGCUCAGGAACAAGCAGCCAUGGAAGGUCUUAUGAAAAUGAAAGGCGUAUACGAAACGAGUCCCGCAUUAGGAGACCCGAUGACAGUUGAAGGUCAAUUGCACGAGUGUUGCGACAAACUAAAGAAGCUGCGAGCGCAGUUAAACAAGUUCGAGGAACUGCUGGCCGAGGCGACCAGCCAGGCCAGCGCGCCGGCGCAUGCGCUGCACCCCUCCGCCAGGACCAACGGCGCGCCGCCCACGCAGGCCACUAGCAUCGGAUCAAACAGCGAGUCGCUGUCCCGCUCGGCAUCGGAGUCGUCGGUGAGCACGGGCACGGGCGGCGGCGGCGGCGCCACGGUGCCGGGCGAGGGCGCGCGCGGCGCGGGGCGCGCGGCGGGCGGCUCGCCCGAGUCCGGCCUCGGCGGCGAGCUCGCCGCGCAGCACCACGACGCGCCCGACGCGCCCGAACACGAACACGACGACCACGACGACCGCGAGUCCGACUUCGACUACUACUACACCGAGCCGGACCUCCAGCCCGUCGGAUACUGCAAGGCGCUCUAUGCUUUCGAAGGCAUCGGCAGCGGUUCUACGAUGCGCAUGGAGUGCGGCGAGCGGCUGCUGGUGCUGGAGACGGACGCGGGCGACGGCUGGACGCGCGUGCGGCGCCACCACACGCGCGAGGAGGGCUUCGUGCCCACCACUUACAUCGCCACCACGCUCUACGCAGACUCCGCGCACUAACCGCUACGGCAAAAAUUAAUGAGUUCGCUUGCGCUUGCAAGCUGACGGCGCGAGGAACAAUCGAGAACGCGUCACGCCUGUCAUUAGUGCCGAAGGAGUGUGUACAAGUAUUACAUAAACGUCAUUUCAUUUAAUAUUCCCACCAUCUUCCCGUUGGAAGUAAAAGAAGAAUCUCGGCUUACUAUCGUAGAGAUGAAAACUCUUUUGAGAAUGCGUAUAAAGUGUAAUACAUUUUUCUCCAUUUAUUUUAUAAUAACAUUUUGCAGAAUUAACAUAUUUACUGUCCCAUGGUUGACUGAUUUAUUUGAGUAUGUUUUGCCCGAUUGCGAAAUGUUAAAAGAAAGGAUAUUCAACAUGCUUUAUUUUACUUCAAAUUUGAGUAUAUUGAAGAUAAAUAAAGCAUAAAAAUACUGUUUGAAGCAAUGUUGGGCGGCAAUCUUACCUACAUGUAGAGGUAUUUUUUUAUGUUAUUACAAUAUUUCUAUGGAAACGAAAGUAAUUUUUUCUUUAAGUUAAUUGUUUUUUCUAUUGAAACCAUAAACGUUCGUGUGUCGAUCGUCAGUUUUAUAUAAUUUGAGUGUAACGUGUAACAGUGAUGUUAUGCGCAGGAGUAAGUUUAUUGACUAUCCUGAGUCGUGUGCAGACAUGUUGUCGAUAAUGUUAUGUAAUACUUGAAGAUGUCGGAACGCGUCGCGCUCGCCGCCUGCAUACUCGCUAUAAUGUUUAUAUUAUAAUGUUCUUGUGGCCUAUAUAGUAACAAAUAUUUUUGCUAUAAUUUAUCAUAAUGAAAAUGUCGGUAUUGCGUUUGUUUAAACACGUCCUUUCUAUUACGAUAGGUUAUCCCGACGGAGGCCAUCAUGAACAAAAUGGGAGUAAACGAAAUUCUUAAUAACAUUCCAUGAUCUUAUUUAUUGUGUAUAUUGUUGGAUAUGCGGCAUACAUAUUUUCAUGUAUGAUGUGUACCGUGAUAGCGUUAUGUUAAUUGUAAUAUUGUAAUUCAUCUAGAACUUCAUUGUGCCAGCUAUUUACGUGUUAAGGUUUUUUGUACUUAUGAUAGUUAUUGCUUUUAUGUGACUCAGCCAAUGAAAUUAUAGCAAAAAUAGAAUUACAAAUGUAUCAACUUAUGAAGUGUAAAAAGUGUUAUCUUCAAACCAAUACUAGAUGUAACUACUGAGAAUUUGCUUUAUAUUGACUUGUAAUGAGUAACGAGUAAUAAGGAAUGAUAAUCUGUAUCCAAUAUCACAUAACGUGUAUUAUAUUAUAUGAAGUGCUUCUAAUACUUGAAUUUUACGUAGUUAUGUAAUGCUAGCUAAAGGUCAUAAUUAGCCAAUGCUAUUAUUUUAAAUAUUUCCUGUAUGCGAGAUAAGCACGUAUAGUUAAUGUAUUUAUACAUAGGUGGCGAAGGAUGAAUGACCGUAUAUGAUUUUUCUAUAAAAAUAAAACUAUAUGAGGACAUAA